AUGUAUGUAAGUAUCUAUCUACCUAUCUUAAUCUGUUCAUACCUAUCUAUUAUCUAUCUACCAAUCUACUUUAGUACGUUCAUAUCGAUCUAUCUAUCUACCCUAGUCUUUUCAUAUCUAUCUAUCUAUUUUAUUUAUUCAUAUUUUACUAACUAUCGACCAUGGCUUUUCAUAUCUAUUUAUGUAUAUAAUUUUGUCUGUUCAUAUCUAUCUAUCUAUCUAUCUAUCUAUCUAUCUAUCUAUCUAUCUAUCUAUCUGCAUCGAUAUUUCUUACUAUCUAUCUAUCUAUCUAUCUAUCUAUCUAUCUUAGUUUGCUCAUAUCUAUCGAUAUUUCUAUCGUUAACGAUAACUUUUACUAUCUCUCUUUCAAUCUGUUCGCUAUCAAUAUAUCUAAUUCUGUCCAUAUAUCUCUCUCUCUAUCUCUCUCUCUCUCUCUCUCUCUAUCUAUCUAUCUAUUUUUCUAUCUCUCUCCCCCUCUCUCUCUCUCUCUCUAUCUAUCUAUCUAAUUAUGUUCAUAUCUAUCCCAAUAUUUACCUAUCUAUCAGUGUGUUCAUAUCUAGGUAUCAAUCUAGAUCUGUUCAUAUCUAUCUACCUAUCUCUCAGUCUGUUCCUAUCUAUCUAUCUAUCUAUCUAUCUAUCUACGUUCAUAUCUAUCCCAAUCUUUACCGUCUCUUCAUAUCUAUCUAUUUAUCUAUCUAUGGUUAUAUAUCUAUCUCUCUUGAUCUCUUAAUAUCUAUCUAUCUAUCUAUAUAUCUAUCUAUCUAUCUAUCUAUCUAUAUCUGUUCAUAUCUAUCUACCUAUCUAUCAAUCUAUUUAUUUAUUUAUCUGAUAUGUUUCUUCAUAUCUAUCUAUCUAUCUAUCUAUUUUCAGCAUUACGUUUCCAUUUUUCUUAAUUUAUUUAUUUCAGUUUUUUCUUCUCUUCUCUUUCGCAAUCUCUUUAUUUUUCUCUCUAUCUUUUUUCUUUCAGAUUUCCUUCUCCUCUACAUUUCUCUUCCUUUUUUCUUCUUCUUUAAUACGCAUACUCUUUUUGUAUUUAGCCUCUUUUUUCUUUAA